AUGGCUUGUGGAAAUAAAGGGUUAUAUCGGUUGCUUUGGAUCCCAUUUCCCUUAUUUGUAGUAGCUGGUGUAUCGUUGCCGUUGUUUGGCCUGAUUAUUUGCUUCUUUGUAUCGACAUACAAUACUUUCGAUGAGGUUACAGAAUCUGUGUGUGGGGUAUCCAAUUUUGUUCCAUCUAUCAGUGCUGUGACUGGGAUAAAACCUCAAAUAUAUUUAUGGCGCUACACAGUUGGGCUGCAUAGUGCACCACGUCUACUCCUUGCGUUUAUAUAUCUUCGAUACCAUAUGUCUUAUCACAAAAUGUUCAACCAGUCAUUGGUUUAUAAAAUUUUGACUGUUGUUGCAUUCUGUCUCAACCUUCUAGAUGUGGGUUCGUUUGUGGGAGUAGCUUUUAUAUCUAACCAAGAGAAUUACCCUCUCCAUGAACAUUUGUUCAUUGUUUUCCUGAUCGCUUCAACUGCCUAUAUGAUAGUCACUCUAGUGGUUCAUUGGAUAAUAGGAAUCACUUCUUGCACUCCGAGAUUCAAAUAUUCUUUUAACCUGAAGUCCCUGUUUUUCGGACUAGAUGUUUGCUUAAUCCUCUUGUUAGUCCACCAGUUCUACAACCAUAGGUUUACCUGUAAGGCAAACGCAUUUAGUUGGUUUUCAGCUAGUGAAUAUGGUAUCGCAAUUGCUAAUAUGGGAUUUCACCUAACUGCUGCAUAUGACUUUCAGGAUGUGGCUUUAACAACCAUAACUUUUAAACCUUCUACUGAAUAG